CCAGCGAGCAGCGACUCAGCUAGGGUUUACCACCACCCCUCUCGCCCGCCCCCUCCGUUGACGAGAUCCAUAGCGCCACCGUCGGCAGUCGCCCCGCGACCUCUACGCCGUCCACCGCCUCCUCCUCGACCCCCCCUCCGUCAGCCGUCGUCACCGCGACUCCGUUCCGGCACCUCCCCCCGCUACCUCAAAUCCGGCAGCGAGUCGGGGAAGUCAAAGGCCAGAUUUCAAUACAGGAGCCCAGCGGCGCCUCCCUCCCUCGACCAGCCGCUCCCGCCCAGCAACGCUGCGGCUCGGUCCAUAGUCAGUGAGUAAACCAUGAGCCAUGCCGGUAAGCGUACCAGCCAACACAGGGAUCAUGACAGAGAAGACAGGGACCAAAAGCGGAGGCCGGCCCACACCCAGGAAACCUCCAGUACGGAUGAAUUGGUUGUUUACCGGAUACUUUGUCCAGACAAAGUGAUUGGUAGUGUAAUUGGCAAGGGUGGCAAGUUGAUAAAUUCCAUCCGGCAACAGACGAAUGCCAAAGUCAAGGUUGUCGACCCUUACCCUGGUGCUGAGAAAAGGGUUAUUUUGGUAUAUUGUUAUGUCAAGCAUAGAGACCUCAAGCAUAGCGACAUAGAUGCUGAUGAUGAUGACAGGGAGCCUGUUUGCGCAGCACAAAAUGCAUUACUCAAGGUGCAUGAUGCAAUCGUUGAUGCUCUGGCAGUCAAUAGUGACUCUGAUGAUGAAGAAGCCAACAUUCUUGUACCAGCUAGUCAAGCUGCAAGUGUUAUUGGAAAAUCUGGUUCUGUCAUCAAGAGGCUUCGCUCGGUUUCAAAAUCAUUCAUUAAAGUUAAACCAAAAGAUCCAAGCGAUGUUACACACUCAUGUGCUAUGAGUUUUGAUAAUUUCGUUCAGAUAACUGGGGAUGCUAGAGCUGUCAAGAAGGCAUUGUUUGCAGUAUCAACAAUUAUCUACAAAUGUCCAUCAAAAGAGAACAUUUCUCUCGAAACAUCUAUUGAUGAACUUCCUCCAACCAUUAUACUUCCUUCAGAGCUUCCGGUUUAUCCGGCUAGUAGCUUAUACUCAGUGUCAGAUGCUUCUAUGCCAUCUGGACAUCCAAGUCUGUCUAUCUUAGGGGCACCAAGUCAUGGUUCUCAUGUUCCUGAAUUUACUGUACCCACUGAUGCUCAUGGCGGAUUGCCCAUUUAUCAUUCUAUGGUUCCAGCUAUUCCUACUUAUAACACCCCAAAAUGUUCAGGAGAACUAUUGCUGCGUGUUGCAUGCCCUGCUGACAAGAUUGGGUUGGUUAUUGGUAAAGGUGGGGUGACCAUAAAGAGUAUAAGGAAAGAGAGUGGUGCAAGGGUAGACGUUGAUGAUGCAAAGAAUGACAAGGAGGAAAGUAUAAUCACCAUUGCAUCCACUGAGGCCACCGAUGAUGUAAAGUCUGCAGCAGUGGAAGCUGUUCUUCUGCUUCAAGCAAAGAUCAAUGAUGAAAAUGAAGAUAGAAUGCAUCUUCGUCUUCUUGUUCCAGCUAAUGUGAUUGGCUGUCUUAUCGGCAAGGGUGGUUCAAUCAUUAAUGACAUGCGGACUAAGUCUAAGGCAAUUAUCUACAUAUCAAAGGGCACUAAGCCUCGGAGGGCAUCUUCCAGUGAUGAGCUCGUUGAGGUGUCCGGGGAAGUGGACAACCUGCGUGAUGCUCUUGUUCAGAUCGUUCUAAGACUCCGGGAAGAUGUUCUGAAGGACAGCGUGGGAAGGCAAAAUUCUGGCAAGGAUGGGAAGCUAACUGUUGCCACCACUGAACCAGUGUAUUCAAGCAGCUUUCCGAUGCCAGCAUUACUACCGUACAGUCAACAAAUCACUCCAUUGCGCUAUGAUCAAAGGAGUGAAGUUGAGCGUGGCUCAAAUGUAUUUCCUCGUAGCAGCUUGUAUCAUGGAUACAGCCCCAGGCAGGCUGUAGAUGAUGGGUUUGGAGUACGCUCCUCGUACACUUCAAAGCCAUAUGGAAGACGCGUCCCGGAUAUGGAAAUGUUUAUUCCAUCUAGUGGCCUUUCAAAAGUAAUGGGGAAGCAUGGCACAAACUUGGACAAUAUUAGAAAGAUUUCUGGAGCUGACAUCGAAAUUAUUGAAUCAAAAUCAUCUCGUCAUGAGCAUGUUGCUCACAUAUUUGGCACCCAUGAGCAGAGGCAGUCGGCAGAGAAUUUGAUCAAAGCUUUCAUAAUGUCUACUUAAGGACGUUCUUCCCGCUGUAGUUUGAAAGGAUAUAUGUGGACACUUCAGUCAGCUCUAUCGGACUCUUGCCAUCCCAUAAUGUCCUUAGAUCAAAAACAGUCUUCUCCAUCCCUUCAACUCUCCAAUAAACCUCAUGCUUAUCUCUCUAUCUUCCUCAGAUUCUCAACCAUGGCUUACUUGUGUGGACUUGUUUGUGUUUAAUCGCAUGUUCAGAUAUUCCCGUCUAAUCUCGAUGAGUGCCUCAAUCUCUGCUUAUUCAUAACCAAUUCUUUAUGCUGUCAGCGCUGAUAGCUGAUUCAUUCGCUUGCCAGUAUGGAAGGGGCCCUUGACACUUUUUUGCCACUUCAAACAGAACAUGCAGCACAUGUUUUUCCAGUGUUGUGCAUGGUGGCAAUACCUUGCUUAGAUAUCCAAGGAGUAUUCUAACACUUUGUUUUUUAAGUAAUCUGUUGCACCAUUACCAAGUAGAAUUCUUGUCCUUUUCCAUGAUAGACUUCUACAUGACCGUUCUUGUACUCUUUUGCCACUUACCAUGAUUGAUAGUCUUCAGUCAGAACAUGCGGUACACGUUUUUUCAGUGUUCUGCAUGGUGGCUGCUACAUCGUCCUUAGAUAUCUAAGGACUAAUCUAAUACUGCAAUUUUAAGAAAUCUGUUUCAUCGUGACUAAGUAAAAUUCUUCCUGUUCUUUCCAGAUACUCUAAAAUUGUGUAUACUAAUUUAAAAUAGAUUCUGUACUUGACUCCUCUCUCCAAUCAUCAUCUCAACUUGUUCGGUCAUUCCUUAGGUGGAUAUGUUCUUAGAUAUGGUUAUGUUUCUUUGGCAUCAACUAGGUCGGUAAUGUUGAAAUCUGUUUCAUCAAUCAAUACCAAGUGAAAUUCUUGCCCUUGUCAAAUAGGUGUUGGCUGAGUAAUGGCCUGAAAAUUAUGUAUAAUCUAGAAGUAGGUUGUGUACAUGACUCCUCUUCCCAUUCAUCACCGUCAUUUCUUGGCCAUAUAUGUUCCUAGAUUGGUUACAUCUCUUGGACACCAACUGUGAAUACUAAGUAGGGUGGGUAGUCAUGGCCACUCUUUAUAAAUAAUUUCUUCUUAUUGAGUUCCAAUCGCUUGGAGGUAUUGCUAGUUAUCCUGCGGCUACUGCUUGCCAUUAGGUGAAUUCGUAAAUAGAGAACAGGAAUGCUGAGAUUUUGUUGGCAGUCAGGUCUCAGAUGAUGAUUGCUCUGUUCUUGUUUGCUCUGUAUGUCAGCGCUAAUAGCUGAUUCUCUCUUUUGCCAGUAAGGGAAAGGGCCCUUAUACUCCUUUGCCAGCUUGCCUUUAAUUAGAACAUGCAGCACACGUUUUUUUUUUCCAGUGUUGUGCAUGGUGGCGAUAUCAUCCUUAGAUACCAACUAUAAAAUUCUUGUUGUCCUUUUUAUGAUAAACUUCAACAUUAUCCUUUUUAUACUCUUUUGCCACUCGCCAUGAUUGAUAGUAUUCAAUCAGAACAGCAGUACACGUUUUUUUUUUCCAGUCUUUGCAUGGUGGCAUCCUUGGAUAUCUUAGGAGUACUCUAGUACUUCAAAUUUAAGAAAUCUGCUUCAUAAUUACUAAGUGAAAUUCAUGUCGUCCUUUUCAAGUAUAUAUAUCUGUAUCUUAGCAAUGACCCUAGAAUUACCUAUAAUCUAGAAAUAGGAUCUGUACCUGACUCCUCUUCCCAUACAUCAUCUCAACUUCUGCUGUCAUUCAUUCCUUAGCCAUGCACAUUCUUAGAUAUGACCAAUGUUUCUUUGACAUGGAAAAACUGUGAAUAGUAGGUAGAUAGGUAGUCAUGGCAACUUUUGUAAAUAGUAGGUGGGUGGUCAUGGCAACUUUUGUAAAGAGUAGGUGGGUAGUCAUGGGAAGUCAAGAUAACUUGAGGCUACUGUUAACGCGAUGCAAUUAGUAGGGGUGAGUUCUGCCUCUUGUAAAUAUUGAACAUGGGAUGCUGAAAUUUUGUGGCAACCAGCUGAUGAUUCGUUUC